AUGGAUACAGGAGCACCUAGCAAUGCCGCACAAGAAGAGGAAGACCUGCAGCGGGCCUUGCGAGAGUCUGCCGUGGAGUCUGGCUUUACACCCCAAGAAGCUGGCGUCACCAACACCGGCACCAAUGCAACGUACUUUGGCCCAGCCAACCGAGCUGACUACGAUCAGAACAGUUGGGCCUUAGUACCAACUGCGGCGGAUGCGUCCCAGACGAGAGCCGACGCUGAUCCUGCACCAUCCGCGAGAAAACGAGAGCAAGGUGCCCCCGCCUUUCUUGUUCAACAGCCAAACGCACGCAACCAGCAGCAUCGAUUGGGGUCCAUCCUUACUAUCCUUCACGAAAUUCCAUUGGCUCGCAAUAUCCUUCUUUCAGCCGGUGAGCAGGCGCCUAGCUACGGCCACAAUAGCGAGUGGUGGAAAGGCCAACCCAUAUAUGCACCUCACGUUCUCGCUGCCAUGCAACAGGGUGAACUUCAAUGGGCGGACGACUCAAAACCGAACUUCCACGAAGAGAUUCAUCGCCUGAUGGCCUUCCUCGAUCAGACGGAGAGAAGCUAUGGAUCAGUCGAAGCUAUGGCUGAUCUAGUACCUUCAACUUCAUUCAGUGUCGAGAGACAGUUUUACGAUACCUUGAACGAAAACACUGAUCCUGAAAUCAUGAAGCCCUUGACUCAUCUCGCAUAUCCGAUAACGACGCAGACACUUGGGGAUCCUCAAGAAUCUACCAGGUUUGCUUUCCUCAAUUUUGAACUCACAAAGAGUCAAUAUGAGCAAACAACAACUCUGUACGAGGCAUGGGAUUGGCUGGUGUGGAACGACGCUAUGACAUGGACGGAGAUAACGCCAGACACGAAGAUGGUCGUCCUCGACGAUAUGGGCGAUGUUAUGACCAUCGUCAUUGACGGAGACGGACCUCCUGAGUCCAUGGACGUGCCCGAAGUGUGGUAUCCGGAGCGUUAUCUUGAAGGCCGAAAAGAGGAGGCAAAGGUGAUCCAAGAACAUCUUGCUUGGGUUCUUAAGGGUCUUUACCAAGCCGAGUCGUCGGAGUAUGAUUACACGAAAUGGAUCGACCCCAAGACUAAUAAGGUCUAUGAAAAACGGGAAAUGCUGGAGAAGACCAUCAAAGAGUACGAGAGUCAUGUCCAAUACCUUGAUGGGCUAGGACGGUUUCGUGAGCUUCAGAAGUCUGACGACGCCGAGAAGCAAUACAUUCGCUUAGAGGAUGUGCCCUGCGUCAAGACAGAUGACGAGGAGGAGUUGGCAAGGAAUUCUGAGCAUGUAGUCAAGAGGUGCAAAUGGCUGCUUUCCGACAUUGACGAGAAGAUGAAGCGGCUUAACCAGGAGCGAGAGAUGCUCCGCGAGCGACAGCGGUUUCUCGGUAAACUCCUUACAGACCCCGACAGACCUGGUCUUUCCAAACCCUUUAUUGGCAGGAAAUACCUUUUGAGAGGUGUAUCAACCAGCCAGGAUGUAACGUAUGUUUGCAAGAGAGAAGAGGCAAGCCUCAUAGAGUUUGACGAUGCUACUACUCCUGUGGAUCAAUGGUGGCGGUUGUCAUACAAUGCAAGCGAUUCGCAGCCUGCAAAGGCAGAGAAAGUAUCUGUUGAAUUGGUGAUGCGGCACAUGUUUCAAGAAACAAAGAACCCUGUGCUUGUAUAUGCCACCGAGGAUGCUAUAACAGCACCUUUGUCACCUCUUUCAGACGCUCUUCAGCGGUUUGUUCGCGCGGAGAACAAGAAUUUCCGCCAAGAGCUGAGCCAGGAGAACACGGAUGACGGCGCAUAUGCGAGAAACACAAACAUGUCCCCCAUCUCGCCCUCAAAGAGAAAAUACCGCUCGGGCAGUGUUGACUCGAUGGCCACAAACCGAGCGUCUUUGGGAGGCAGCGAUACAAACUCUAGAGCCGGAGACUUUGACGCAGACCCGUUUGGGGACGGAGAUGGCACUAUGGACACCGAGAUGGCCGACUUUUCAGCAAAAAAUUUUGUCGAUACAAGCCAGAGCAUGGCCGAGGUCAUGUACUCAAGGGAGACAGAUGAGCCGGCCCAGGGCCAUAGCACACAAUCGACAGCACCGACGGUACCGCAACAGGAAGAGACGGAGACUCUGGCCACUACAUCCACAAAUGGCGUCGUUGAUGUUAGUCGCACCGUUACGCCGGAUGUCGAAGACCAAUCCAAAGGACCUGAGAUGCAGGAGCGCAACAGUAAUGGAGGCAGCUCACCAUUUAUGGCCAGGCACUCCAGACAUUUUGCUCCGGCUCAAGACCCAAGAGACGAGCAAAAGACGAUUAAGAUGAUGGAUAUGGAAAUUCCCGAUGAGAACCACUAG